UUGAGAAACAUGGCUGCCUCCACGGGUGCUGCAAACGCCGCUGGCUCCGACUUACAAGGUCCAGCUUCGGCUGGCUCGAGUAUGGAGGCCCCGCCGAUUCAGUACAGCAUGAUUCUGGAGCAUCUCGUCGGGGACAAGAGGCCCGUGAAGGACCUGAGCCCCGGCGUCAUGGGGGGACUGCCGGUGCCUGCUAAAAGCGACGAGCAGAAGAUGAUCGAGAGGGGAAUGGAGAGCUGCGCCUUCAAGUCGGUUCUGGCCUGUGUGGGAGGGUUCGUCCUAGGAGGAGCUUUUGGUAUUUUCACAGCAGGCAUCGAUACCAAUGUUGGCUUCGACCCAAAAGACCCACUGAAAACUCCAUCGGCACGGGAAGUCCUCAAAGACAUGGGCCAGAGGGGGAUGUCAUACGCCAAGAACUUCGCCAUCGUGGGCGCCAUGUUCUCCUGCUCAGAGUGCAUCAUUGAAUCACACCGAGGUGUAUCUGACUGGAAGAACGCGGUGUACAGCGGCUGUGUUACGGGCGGCGCCAUUGGAUUUCGUGCUGGUCUGAAGGCCGGGGUGCUGGGAUGUGGAGGCUUCGCCGCAUUCUCCGCUGCCAUCGAAUAUUAUUUACGGUGAACCACAGAAGAGGGAUUCUAUUAGGACUUUGUGGAUGCGCCCUGUGGGAAAUCCAAACUGGUCCAUAUUUACCUGCACAUGGAGGAUUGCUGAUGUUUUCCGGUGGAAGAAGUGAUGGGUUCCUAUUUGUGUACAGCGGGCGGAGACUCAUUACUUUUGCCAGAUGGACAGUUUGAGCAGAGUGGAUCUGCGUCUGUGUUGAAUGAUGAUUACAUGAAACAUGUUCUUGUUAAUAGAAUAUUAAUGUGUCUAAAUAAUUUUUAUUAAACGUGUUUUUUUUGUUAA